GUACCUCCUACUACAAGAAAGUUAAAUAUAGUUGUAAAGCAGAUUCAGCUGAUCGCUAAACAGAUACAGAAUAGUUUUUCUGCAUUCAACAUCCAAAAUUUUAAGUUGCAGCAUGGAUCUGCAGACAAAAAUACUGUUUAGCUGGAUUUGUCUUCAAGUGACCUUUGCCUCUGUUUUUUCGGAUGUGUGGAAAGCAGAAGUUGCCACUCCAAUCGAGGCCCUGGUGUCAUCUUGUGUCGUGUUGCCCUGCACGUUUAAUUACCCUGCUGCUCAGUAUCCUGAGUCUCUGGUGAAGGGAAUCUGGCACAAAACGGGAGACAGGGCACAUCGUAUCUAUGAUGAAGAUAGCUAUAAUGUUGUAGACAACUUUAAAGAUCGCACAAGGCUUGUUGGUCGAUUGGGUCAGAAGAACUGCACACUGGAAAUUAAUGGAGUGAAAGACCACGACAUUGGUCCAUACUGUUUUAGAGCUGAAAUCAAAAAUUUUGAAAAAUUCUCUUUUGAGGAGGCGUGUGUGCGCAUCAAUAUGAUACCUGAACCACAUAAACCAUCUCUGGAUCAUGACGAAUCUGUGACAGAGGGACUUCCUACCCUGUUCAAGUGUUAUAUCACACACACCUGUCCCACACACCCCCCAACUAUUGAAUGGAGUCGUUCAGAUGUUAAACCCCGUGUGACCAAUAAGCACAAUGGCCAUGGAGUUUGGGAGGUGGAGUCCCUCCUGUCCUUCACUGCCACACAGGAGGAUGAUCACAAGGACAUCACCUGCACUGUCACUUUCCACGGCGACAUCAAAUCUCAAGUUACUCACAAGAUAUACGUAAAACGUAAAGAAAAUUACUUUCACAUCAUUAUCCCUGUGGUUGCUGUGCUUGGAACCAUCAUUCUGUUUGGAACAGCAUGUUUCUUCGUGACCAAGAAAUACAAGAAACAGAUUCAAGACCUCCAAUCUAGAAAUCCAGAUGGAGUAUGGAGUCGUCUCUCCAGAAUGUCUCGCAGGGUCAGGUCAGUGGGAAGAAUGAGAGAAUAAGUAGACUCAUCUGUUGACUGUUUUUAUACAUACACUUCCAGUGCAAAUCACACACACACAGACACACACACACACACACUCAUACAUGCUGGUACGCUUGAAUAAAGUUUUAAUAUUUACUGCAUGUUACUGUCAAACAUGACUCAGAUGUACAAGACCUUUUACUGAUAUAGUAGUCAUAUAGUUGCUAUCAAAGUUAUAACUGAUCCUUUCUGAAAUCAGUGCAUAACAGUAUGAAUGUACUACAACCAUAUUAUUCCACGUCACUGUUAAUUUCUCACAUCUGCUUGAUUAAAAAUAUAUAUGUAUAUAAGUUUCAGGGAAAAAAAGUGUUAGAAAAAAUGAAAAUAUUUGGAAUAGAAAACAUUAUGGUGUUAUGUGAUGUGCAUGUGUAACAAAGUUUACUACUUGUCUGAAACAAGUGGAAGAUGGUGUUCAUUUUAAAACAAUACAUGUUGUUUUAUGUUUUAUGCAUUCAUCAAAAGUAAAAUAUCCUGUAAAUAUUUACCAUUUGCUAGGAUUUCACUUUCUCUCUAACCAAUUUGUUAUGUUUAUGAUAUUAAUGCUAGUGUAAUCUAUCAAUAGUAGAGCAUUAUUUAGUUCAUUAUGGCCAGUUAGUAAAUUAGAGACAUGUUCCUCUAAUUUAAUGGAGUUCAUCCCCUUUAGAUGCAGUUCAUCCUCUAAGUAGAUGAGGUUUAUGCUUUAGAUGGAGUUUAUCCUCCAAGUAGAUGAGGUUUAUGCUUUAGAUGAAGUUCAUCCUCUAAGUAGAUGAGGUUUAUGCUUUAGAUGGAGUUCACCGUCUAAGUAGAGGUGGUUUUUGCUUUAGAUGGAGUUCACCCUCUAAGUAGAGGUGGUUUUUGCUUUAGAUGGAGUUCAUCUUCUUUAGAAGUAAAUGGAGUUCAUGCUUCUAGAGAGAUGAAGCAGAUUCCUCUUUUUAGAUGGAUCAUUUCUUCAUCUAUCUGACAAAUACAAUGCAUGAAAAAGUGAAGUGGGAUUAAUAAUUUGUCUUUGUGUAGUAUUCUUAGAACUUUAGAACAUUAGUGACACUUUUUUAUCUUUUUAUUUUAGCUCUUUUUCUGUUCCGUUUUUCUGUUCCUCCUUUAUGACAGGAAAACGCAGACACGCUCUUACUUAAAAAUGCACUAAACCUUGGUGGUUCUUGGUUUAUUUGCAUUCAGCAUGUAUGUAACAUUUUUUCUUAAAAGAGUAAAUAGAGACUUUAGUUGAAUAAUUAGUGAUAGCAUUAUCUAAGGUAUCAAAAUCGGGGUUUUUUAACCACACUGACAUUCGCCAAUUGUCCCACAUGAAGGUCUCACAUUACUUAUACUGUGGAGAGCUAUUUUGCAAAGAUGACUGGAGCUUCCCUGAAGAUAUUUUUCAGUUUAUAAUCAUGAUGCCUGCUCCUGAAAACCAAACAAAUGUUUGGAAUUGUAGUUUGUUGAAUUAUAAAUAAUAAAAAGCUGAACCAAAGACAAGGUAGAAGUAUUACCUUCUUUUAUGGAAAGGUUUUAUUUAUUUAUUUUAUUUAUUUCUAAUCUUACCUGACUCUUUAUCUUUUAUUGCUUAAUAGGAACCAUGGAAGAAGGCAGGAGCCUGAUAGGAAUAUUGACACUAAGCCAAACAAUUAUGCAAGUACCCUGUCAGGAACAGAAGGAUUCUCAAAACCCCGCUGUCCAUCUCCACAGAGUGAAAAAAAAGCCUACAGCAAAUCUGGUUUCAGAUGUUCAGAUGGCUAUGAUGAUGAUUACACCAACGUGGGUGACCUCAACGUGUAUGGGAAUAUCUGAUGACAGAGAUACACGCUAUCAUCUCUUUGUUUAUGUUUAUAUAUGUUACAUUCUUUUAUGCUUAUAGUCUCUUGCCAUUCUUUAUGCUUUCUAUGUGGAGUUGAGGUUUAAGUGAGGUCAGUCUUAAUUUCUUGGCAAUGACGAAAUGAUAUUUUGCAUACUGGAAAGGUUCACUGAACAGCAACUUCAUCCGAUGAACUUCGCAGAUAAUGUGUUUUCAGUGGGUAGUUUUAGUUCCUUUUACUGACUAUGAGAAACCAUGUUUAUGCCCACACACUUAUUCCAUGAAGAAGCCCACCUAACCAUCAACUGUACCUUAAAAUAUAAAUGUAGAUAAAUAUUUUGACGUGGAUUUAACAUGGAAGUAAUGCAUUUCGAAAUAAGCUUUCAUUAUGUUACAGAAAGGAUUGCUUUGCAAAAAAACCCCCCCAAAACAAACAAACAAAGCACUGAUAUUUGGAUGGUUACAUUACAUACAAUUGAUUAUUAAUAAGUAUUAACAGUACUAUUAUUGUGAUUUUCUUUUGUCUCUGACAAUCUGAAUGUAAAAGAGUACUUGUUAAUGUGUUGAGUGUAUUUGUUUUGAAUAUGUACUGAUUUUCAUCAGUUUGUAUAAUUAAAAAGGCACUGUCAAGCA